CUUCGGAAGGUAACAGGCUGGUUUUGUUGUUGUUUAUUUCUUCCGUUAACUGGAAGCUUCCAGUUUCCAGUUUGUGAUCGGAAUGUCUUCUUCCUCGCCGGAAGUGGUCAUCAGCCCGGAAGUGGCCCGUCGUCUACUCGUCGAAGGGGCGACACUCUUUUUUCUCAACGUGCCCGAAGGGACGCAGUUCGGCAUCGACAUGAAGAUGUGGGACACAGGGGAAAAGUUCAAAGGGGUCAAAAUGAUACCGCCAGGCGUACACAUGAUCCACUACAGUGCUAGUGGAAAGUACGGAGACGUGGCUCCCAAAGUCUCGUUUUUACACAACUUCAAGAAGUCUGAGGUCCUAGUGAAAAAAUGGGAUAUCGAUUCUGAAAGAAUGAGUCUAGAAACUGUCAGUGACGAGGAAGUGGCCAGGUUCAAGACGAAUUUACUCAACUUAGACCAUUUCCUAGGAGCAUAUCCUUUCGAGACGUACGAUCUUUGGCAAAAAUUAUCGAAACACAUAUCUGAUAGUGUUCUGAACCGGCUUUUACCAGAAUGUGGCGUAAUAUCAUCUGCACUUGAGCUAAUCUCAAUGCAAGAUCGCCCCAAGCCUGUGUUGAUAAGGCGUUUACGUACAGUCGAUGAGCGUGAGGAGGAGCUGUUACCAAAACUCAGGCCGACCCCCGGCACUGAAAUCAGGUUCACGCCUAUGCCUAUGAAAACUUAUCCUGACGGCUCCACUCCUCAAGAUAUCACCAAACAUUCAUUAGACCUGUCGUACACACUCGAUUCCAUGAUUGGAGACUUGGGAGACCCACGAGAAAUCGUGGGAGAGAUCCAGUUCGCAUUCGUCAGCUUUCUCGUUGGUCAGAGUCUAGAAUCGUUCGAAGCUUGGAAGAACCUGGUCAGGUUGUUGUGUAACUGUCGAGAAGCGGUUACAAGGCGGAGGCAGCUCUACGUGCACUUUCUACAGGCAUUGGAAACGCAGCUCGCCCAGGUGCCUGAGGACUUCCUUGUCGAUAUUGUCAGUAGCAACAAUGUCAUCUACGUCUCGCUCAGGGAGCUUUUUAAGACGAUGGCCGAGUCGAGCAGCAUAGAGGGAAGGCUGCGCUGUGAGGCCCAGCGCCUUCAGGAAAGGUUAACGGAAAAGUUCUGCUGGGAUUUUCAAGAUUUAGAAUUGGAGACUGGAGACGAAGCACCUGUCAUCGUUGAACUAGAAGCUCAGGGGUAAUACUUCAGGUUCAGUUUUUUUGUACAUAACAUUUUGUAAAUAUACUAUGUUUAUUAUGUCUUAA